GCCGCAUUCACGACAGUCUCCAUCAACCACGCCCUUCGGUUCAUCCACGUGCAUCCACGCAUCCACGCAUCCAAGCAUCCAAACCCCCGAUCAUCCAACUACACCAGCAGCAGGGUCAGUUCUUUGGUACUCGCUUCUCGCGGGGGACCGGUCGCCACCUCUCCAACGAUAGAGCUGCAUCGCACAGAAAAACCGCAGUGCUCCCCGCGGCCGUCGCCUGUAAUCCGUCGCCCACCUCCAAGCUACAGGUCGCCUGCCCCGGCGCCUGGGGGGUGGGAGGGUACUCCUUGCCCCAAGAGGUUGAGUGAGCGCGCGCUCUGUCACCGCUCCUCCCUUGACACGGGUGGGAUCAAAGUAGCCCGUCGGCGGCCACUCGCACGCCCGGGCAUCGUUGUUGCGGGACGCGGGUUCUGGACUCUCUGCUCUCUCUUCUGCCGGCAUACAGGCCCCCGAGUCAAGGCUGCUCUUGCACACUUCAAAGCCUGGCAGGGUGGGGUUCUCCUGGGCGUCUUUUGCUCAGGAGGGAAACACUUUCGACGACGCUCUGUUUGGUGUCAUUGACGGACGAGGCCGUGGCCUUGGUCUUGGCCCGUCGUGCUUGAACAAAUCUGAAUGCUAACCCUUUUCUCGAUUUUAUAGAACUACUGUUUCCGAGCCUGCCAUGGUCGGCGGAACGCCGCCAUGUCCUCCCUCGACGAGUUUCAACAUUGACAGGGCACCAGCAGUUGUACAUUACAUGGGGCGCGACUCGGAGUUCCGGUAUCUAUAUCACGGCGAUGCAGAUCCAUCGCGCCAGGUCACCUUCGAGAUGCGCUUCGACGCCGCCGACAUGUCAGCCUUCUUCAAGAUCCGCGUGCCGGUCGGGCUGAAGGGCGCGGGCCCCGACAGCGCCAAGACACCCCUCUUCCUGCACAUACACCCCGACAGCAUCGCAGUCCUCAAGUACAACGCAGUCUCCAGGGUGGUACCAGACGUCGUCAAGGACAGCCUGGGGCCGGGCCCGGGGCCGAGCAGCCUGGACUUUUGGCUGGUCCGACCUGCCGACAUGGUUGUGCCCUCAGCCUCACGACUGGCGCCCCAGAACAAGGCCCACGGCGAGAAGCUGGACUCCCUGAAACUCCUCGCGCAGGAUAUAGCCCUCACUGUGUAUUGGAUGCCCGCAACGCCGCUGUCCGACUCCCAGAUGCGACCAGUCUGUGACGCUAUUUGGGACCGGAGACUCAAGUCUAUCAGCGCGGCGGCCGAUCUGCAGGGGCUGUACGGCGGGGCGGGCGGCAGGGUGCUGGAGCGCAGUGAGCUGUGCCUCCCUGUGCCAAAGUCGAGUCCCCCGUCAUACAGCGAGCUUGAGCCCGGCCCGCCAGGCGCUCCUGUCAACCCAUCUCAAAAGUCCGCCGGCGCGCCCAGGAAACGGCGCCGAGGUACACCCUCCGGCGCCGCUGGCAAGCCCGACCCCGCCGCGGACGCCACGGCAGCAACCUGCAGGAAGCUGCUCGACGAGAUGAUGGCGCAGUACCGGCGGGAGGAGCGGGCGCACCUUGACAGCAGGCUGGCGGAGCUGCGGGCGUCGGUGGGCGAGGACCUGCGGGCGCUGCGGGCCGAGGUGCUGGCCCACGUGGACCAGCGGCUGGCGGACCUCGAGGGCGUGAUCCCCAGCGCCGAGGACGUCGACGAGCAGGUGGCGCAGCACGCGGCCGGGCUGGUCGAGGACCUGGUCGAGGUCAAGAUCGACGACCACGUCGCGGGCAUACGGGCCGAGCUCGAGGAGUUUGUCGACGGGGAGAUUGCUUCUGCUGAGGAGCGGGUGCUGCGGCGGGUGAGGGAUGCUAGUUGGAGUGUUUGUAUAGAUGAAUGAUUAUUAAUUAAUGUUUGCUAUGUGCAUGUGCGUGUGGUUUUGGCUUGCUUGUCUUGUGAUGUGGGUGGUCGUGUCGGGUGAGAUGAGAUGGGGAUUGGUAACUGUGAGAACGGCGGUUACAUCUGUAGAAAGGUCCGUGGGAUCUCUUCACUUGGGAGCUUGUCCCAGAGGAGCACUUGUAUGUACUAAGAAAAGUCUGAAUUAGGGAGGUAAGACUAUCUCGGUACCUGGGUAGGCAAUGGCGCCAUCCGUCAAAUGCCAAUUAUUCCCUCAAA